CGCCGCGGGAAGGCGGAAGCGCGCGCGGGGCAAGAUGGCGGCGGCCGGGCGGCUAUGCGCCCUGCUGUGCCUCGCGGUGGCCGCGCUCGGGAAGCGCAGCCCGGUGAAGGUGCUCUCGGACGGCAUGUGGCGGGAGCUGCUGCACGGAGAGUGGAUGGUGGAGUUCUAUGCCCCUUGGUGUCCCGCCUGCCAGAACCUGCAGCCCGAGUGGGAGAAGUUUGCCGAGUGGGGCGAGGACCUGGAAGUGAACAUCGCCAAAGUAGACGUCACGGAGCAGCCGGGAUUAAGUGGACGAUUUGUCAUAACAGCUCUUCCUACCAUCUAUCACUGUAAAGAUGGUGAGUUCAGGAGAUACCAGGGUGCAAGAACUAAAUCUGAUUUCAUAAAUUUCAUCAGUGACCAGGAAUGGAAAUCUAUUGAACCAGUUUCAUCAUGGUUUGGUCCUUCCUCUUUCCUGAUGAGCAGUAUGUCAGCUUUGUUCCAGUUGUCAAUGUGGAUCAGGCACUGCCAUAAUUAUUUAACAGAAAAUGUUGGAAUACCGGUCUGGGGCUCGUAUGCUGUGUUUGCUUUGGCAACUCUAUUCUCAGGACUGAUACUGGGACUUAUAAUGGUGUUCUUAGCAGACUGUAUCUGUCCAUCCAAAAGGUACAGACCGCCACAAUACCCUCACUCAAGAAAGCUAGCUCCAGAGUCAGCUCAGCUGCUGAAAAAGCUGGAUGAAGAGCAGGAAGCAGAUGAAGAAGAUAUCUCGGAUGAUGAAAUGGAGGGUAAAGAAGUGUCCAACAGAAACUCGUCACCAAAUGCUGUAAGGCAGCGCCCAGUGAUCACUGCUGCCACAAUGGAUAAAUCUUAGGUUUAUUUGCAUGCAGGAUUAGUGUUUGAGUCACCAACUGAGAAGGAGACAAAUGUCAAAUCUUUUAGCUUGAAGAGAAGAAUGACUCCUGUUAUGGUGGUAAUGAUGCAUUUUCGUGAAUUCAGGGGGGGGAAAAAAGGGCAUCUUUGGCAUCAGGUAUUCAAAAGUAAAACAUGCUGUUGCAAGUGGCUGAAACUUGUGUCUGUGUGAAGAGAAGUGCUAAGAAAUAAUGUACAUGGCUUCUUGAAUGACUUGUUCUAUAAGGAUUUUUUUUUUUUUUUUUUUAACAAUGUAAACCAGUGUACUUGUUGCAUUAGGGAACAUUAGCAAGGAAAAUGCACUAACCUGUUUGCUGUUAAAGCAUUCAAAAAGGUUUCUCAGUAUAAAUCUAUCUAGUUGGGCUCUUAAGAAAUGCUGAGGGGGAAGAGUUCCUUCAGUUAUGGGACAUGUUCUAGGCCUUUUAUAUGAUAAAAACUGCUUUCUGCUAUGACAAUGAGAACUACAAGACCCUCAGUCUUUCUUCUUCCAAAGAGAUGAAAGUUGCUAUCCUCAUUUAGAGGAACAGAGGUUGCUCUCUGAACAAAAGCUCAAGAGCUUGUCUUUGCCACCUUCCCAGAUGGAAGUUAUCACAAAGCACUCUGUGUAGUGUGGAUUCUCUGGCUGACCAGAAACCUGCUAUUUGCAUUGAUUUCUUUUAGACAAGGCUGUAGAAAAUUAUGAGCUUCUUGGCAAAGUAAUUCUUUUGUAGAAAAAAAAAUUACAAGUAGCACUAUGAAGUCUUGUUUGUCUCCGUGACUGAUUCACAUGGGAAUAGUUUACACACAGGGUUCUCUGCUGAGUGCAAAUCCUAUCCAGUCAUCCUGCUGGAUGGCAGUAGGACUCUGCUUAUUUUUAAUAUGCAUCAGUGAUUUCUGCUUAGUCAAAUUUUACUCCAAAUCCAGUCAGGCUGUUCUUAGUACGAAGUUGAAAUAACUGCUGCUUUUUCUUUUACAGAAAGUCAUCUUUUCAGGUCUCACAAAACCAUCUUGAAACAAUAUACUCUUUCUUUAAGGAGCAACCUGUAGUCUACUGUUUUCUGUAUGGUAUUUGUUUUCAUUUUGUGUAGAAAUAAAAAGAAUGCACAUGCG